AUGUGUGACCACCCAAAGCCUCUCAGUCCAACACACCAGAUCAUCAAGUGUGACCACCCAACACUUCCCAGUCCAACACACCAGAUCCACACGUGUGACCACCUAAUGCCUCUCAGUCCAACACACCAGAUCCUCACGUGUGACCACCCAACACCUCCCAGUCCAACACACCAUAUCCACAAGUGUGACCACCCAACACUUCCCAGUCCAACACACCAAAUCCACAAGUGUUACCACCCAACACUUCCCAGUCCAACACACCAGAUCAUCAAGUGUGGCCACCCAACACCUCUCAGUCCAACACACCAGAUCCUUACUUGUGACCACCCAACACUUCCCAGUCCAACACACCAGAUCAUCACAUGUGACCACCCAACACCUCCCAGUCCAACACACCAGAUCAUCACAUGUGACCACCCAACACUUCCCAGUCCAACACACCAGAUCCACACGUGUGACCACCCAACGCCUCCCAGUCCAACACACCAGAUCCUCACGUGUGACCACCCAACACCUCCCAGUCCAACACACCAGAUCAUCACAUGUGACCACCCAACACUUCCCAGUCCAACACACCAGAUCAUCACAUGUGACCACCCAACACUUCCCAGUCCAACACACCAGAUCAUCACAUGUGACAACCCAACACUUACCAGUCCAACACACCAGAUCAUCACAUGUGACCACCCAACGCCUCCCAGUCCAACACACCAGAUCAUCACAUGUGACCACCCAACACUUCCCAGUCCAACACACCAGAUCAUCACAUGUGACCACCCAACGCCUCCCAGUCCAACACACCAGACCAUCACAUGUGACCACCCAACACCUCCCAGUCCAACACACCAGAUCCACACGUGUAACCACCCAACGCCUCCCAGUCCAACACACCAGACCAUCACAUGUGACCACCCAACACUUCCAAGAUCCAACCAGCAAUGA